AUGAAUCCUCCAAACCCUACAAACAUAUACGCCAGGGUUGAAGCUUAUAAGGGGCCACUUGUACCCAUCCGAUUUCCACCACCUUACAUACCACCAAGUUACACCAAGAACACCACAAUCCGUCAAAGGCCUGUGCUGGGUAACAUAACCAACUUUCAACCACCACCAACUCUCCAGCCAGUACAGUUUAGUCAAGAGAGAUUGGAUGAUGUUGAGUGGGUGGAUGAUUCUGUAAACCACGCUCAUCAUCCCACUGGCAUCAGUGAUUCCACCGGCCAGGCUCACUUCAAUAACCGACAUGUGGAUUACUCCAACACCUACGACUUUACUCAAGAAAGUCCUUUGAAACAUGCAGCCGAGCGUGUGGACUCUGUAUACCCUGUUCUUCAAACAGGCAUUAGGCCUCACACCCGAACGGUCCAAUUCAACGUGGAUGACAAUGAAUUGCCCAGCCCCGACGAGAUUUACCAAGAAAGUCCAUCAAAAGCUGUAGCUCAAAAAGAUAAAAAGAUCCGUGAUUUUGCGUUCACCUUCAUCUACCGCACUAAGAAACCAGUAGACCCAAGCAAGGCUUCCAAUGGACCUAAAGGCCGAAACUCGCGCUCAAGUUAUUUCACACACGAGGUGACAGGAACUCGCUCUUUGGACCUGACUGAAACUGCAUUUGUGGCUUUCAAACAAAAGUUAUUCAAACUGGCUGAUGAUAUUGACAUUGACGAAGAUUCUGAUGGUAUUAGUUCGAUUUUGGAGGGAGCCGAUGGCAUUGGUGGAAUUAUCAUUCAGAUUUACAUACCUGGUCAUACUGUGUAUGCAAAGGGCAAGGCGGUUUUAGUUAAGACGGAAGAACAAUUGAAAUCAUUCUUCAAGGCGGUUGAGUUAGCCCCCCAAAAUGAGCCUGGAAUCGUAGUGACAAUGGAAGACCCUGCAAAGCGAGCCCUACAAGAUGAGAAAAAACUUUCGAAAUCUCAGGCCAGGCUGGUUGCCCAAACGAUCAAGAAUACCGGAAAUGAACCUAGUAAUUCAGAGCUUGCGAUUACGAUUCCCGAGGAUCCAACAGAUGUACAACUCGCUCUUCUAAUGAAAGAGUAUGGCACAGGCUCAAACAACACCCGAGAAGGUUAUCGUGUUCACCAUCCAAAGGACAAUUGCAAAGUGAUGCAAUUGACCUUUGAACACUUGUAUUUGUGGGCACAAGAACUAGUUUCAAGAGUCGAACAACUUUGGGAGACUACCUACUAUAUGCCUGUGUGCCGCCAGACGAAGUCGAAGAAGUGA